GGUUUCUUCCUCCAGGGCAACUGCUGAUUCAUUCUUACGUGCUGGCAGGUCAGUGAGGAGAGUUAGUUGUCUGCGCACCUGUUCACAUCCGACACAACCAAAGAUCAAGAGUGAACCUAACAGGAAAAAUGGAAACAUUAAAAAUCACAGCAUGCUUCCUUCUGCUUUUUCAAGUGCUUCAUACGGUGUCACUUCAAAGUACUACUGACUCUCCUGGACGUACAAUUGAUAAAAGUUGGCUCCGUCAACCAGCCAUAAAGAGGGAAAACGGAAAUACUCAAUCUCCCGAAGAUAAAGAGUUUGAGUCUGAGUUAGGCACCGUAGAGUCUGGGAAUGACAACAGUGGAGGGAUUCCAUCUGGAUUUAUGGCAGAAAAUGCAGAAGAAGAGGAGAAUCUAUCAAACAUGAGUGAAAAUGAAAAGACUGAAGAUCUGAAUAUUUCCAACAAAACAAUGUUUGAAAAUGGAACAAUUGAGCAACUAGAAUCGCCAGAGGCUACCAUCCCUCCAGCUAACGAAUCAACAGAUGCCACAAGGUCAGGCCAAACCAACAUGACAGAAGCUAAAGAGGAAUUUAACUCAACCAUGACCACAGAAAACUCUACCAGUACUCGAGAUCUCUCAUAUAACAACACCAUGUUCAAGGCAACAACAUUGGCUCCAGAGAAUGGCACCACAAAACAACCCCCAACGACGCCAGAUUCAGACAAAGGAUUAGCAAACCGUACGGAAUCUACCACAUCUGCACCAAGUACAGCAAAACCAACCACAGGACCACCAACAGCAGCGCCAACCACGGCUGCCCCAAACACCACGGCGCCACAGAUAAACAAGAAUACAAGCAGUCCUUCUGAGAUACCAGGAUCAAACUCAACUGCUGCCCCAGAUGUCCCAAAAUCACCUGAGGUGGCAAAUAGGAGCGGGAUAGUUGUGGAUGGCUCAGAACGAGCCAUGGGUGAAGAAUCAGGUUUGGAUUCAGAUCCGUACAGGAGUAAGAGGAAUGCGGCUUGGCUGGCUGUGCUUGGAACGGCGGCGGCGACGGCCUGUGUGGGCGUGGUGGCAUACAUCAUCCUGAAGAAGAAGCACCAGAAAGCGUUCACUCACAGGAAGCUGGUUGAGGAGUACCCUGCAGACCCAGUUCUCAGAUUAGACAACUGUGAACCGUUGGACUUGAACGUGGGUGGCUCAGCCUACUACAACCCAGCACUCCAAGGGGACAACAUUCAAAUGAACAACUUUCCAGAACACCGUUAACAUUAAAAGACUUGUACGACCAAAACUCCCUCAAGAGAAACUCAGCCACACACAGUUUCUGCUGUUUGGUGGAAUUUUAGAACGUGGAUUUUUUAAAGAAGAAAAAUAAGAAAAAAGACUGUCUGAAAGUGGCACAUGUUAAUUGGAACAGGCCUAAGCUCAUUGUAAGUUACCCACAUUUAUAUUUUGGAUACAGAUUCUAUUUGUUAUAUUUAUUGCACUGAAAUGAAGGGAUCACUAAUGAUUAUAUAUCUAAUGAAGGUACACUGUAGAGCCAAAGUGACCUGUUCACCACUCAUGUACGCUGCCAAAUGAAUCAAAUGAAGACUUUUAUACGCCACAAAUUAACAACUUUUAUUGAAAGAUAAAAUUACAUUCACUAGAACUCAACAUCCAGUUUCAUUAAUUUUUAAUUGUAGCCACAUAAAUAUAUUUGGUGAAGACUUGUGUAAACGAUUUUAAGGACAAACAAACAUAUACACAAACAUAUCAGCUAAGGAGAAGAAAGGUGAAUAGGGGUCCUCUAGAUCUGAAAACAUUAAUAAAGGUUAGAAAUGCCCCCCCCCCC